AUGUCGGAAUCUCACUCUCAGCCGGACUUAUCACGAUAUCGCCCGGUCCUCUACCUGCUCACGGGGGUUGUAGCCGCAUACGCUCUGGUCUAUGUGAACAAUCAGCUUUUGUCAUCUUCAUCGUCGCAGUCAUCUCUUCGCCGCCGGAGAGCCGUUCGCCGCUCGAGACGCAAUGAGCCCGAACAACCCGCGGCCGUCGAAACGCCCUCCUCCCGGGCGAUUGCCCAUCUGGAACAACUGGAACGUCAAAAUGGGGUCUAUGGCACAUUCCGCAUAGAAACUGAAGAUGGACGUCGUGUGGAAAGCGGACUGCUCCCGUCGCUACUGGCAACACGGGACCAGCUGAUGGAGGAAGUCGGGGUCCCUGAAGCGCAUGCCGAGCGGAUGCGCGAAAUGAUGGAAGACACAUUCUUGGAGUCCUUUCUGGCGCUGGACUUCCCACCGACACAUACGUUGACUGACGGAACUCCGGAGCGGGAAUACUUGACCGAGCAGCUGCAACAGCGAGGGAUCUCGCGCGCCGGUAUCGAGCGGGCAUUGACCCGGUUUAACGAGGACAGCAAUUACGGAGAGGAACUGCGACGGCGUCGGCAGAAUGGCGAGCGAGUCACAUUAUCCACGUCGACCUUCCCGGAUGAAUCGUCGCCGGCGAUAAACAUGGAUGGCGGCGAGACGGUGGUCGAUGAUCAGAGCGUUUUUUCGUGGCGCGACGGCAACAACGAGACUUCACCGACACGCGAGGGCCAGAACUUGCUCAAUCUACUGUACCACAUUGCGGAGGACCAGGCCCGGAGGGAUGGGUAUAUCCACAGAGGGGUGACGUGUAACAGCUGCGGAGCCAUGCCCAUCCAAGGCAUUCGGUAUCGCUGCGCGAACUGCAUCGACUACGACCUCUGCGAGACAUGUGAGGCCAUGCAAGUACAUAUUAAGACCCAUCUAUUCUACAAGGUGCGCAUUCCAGCACCGUUCUUGGGGAACCCGCGGCAGUCCCAGCCCGUCUGGUACCCCGGCAAGCCAUCCAUGCUCCCGCGCAGCCUGCCUCGUUCUCUGGCAAAGCGUCUGAUGAAGGAGACCAGCCUGGAAAACACGGAACUGGAUGCACUCUGGGACCAGUUUCGUUGCCUCGCAAAUCAUGAAUGGAUCGAUGAUCCAAACAAACUCUGCAUGGCGAUCGACCGCAAGACAUUUGACCGGUGUUUUGUUCCGAACACCUCGAUCCGCCCUCCCCCACCUAGUCUCAUCUAUGACCGGAUGUUUGCAUUUUACGAUACCAAUGGCGAUGGCCUUAUUGGCUUUGAAGAAUUCCUCACAGGUCUCGCCAGUCUUAAUAACAAGAGUAUUGAUGAACGGAUGCGCCGCGUUUUCCGUGGCUACGAUAUCGAUGGCGACGGUUACGUCGAAAGAAAGGAUUUCUUGCGGGUUUUCCGUGCCUACUACACCCUCAGCCGAGAGCUGACCCGGGACAUGGUCGCAGGGAUGGAAGAUGACUUCCUGGAAGGCGGCGCUCGAGACGUCGUGCUAGGUAUGCAGCCCAUCAGUUCCGCGUUCCCUGGCAACAUCCCCUCGGGCGAAGCGUCUCGAACUGGAGAAGGAAAGCGUAUGAACUUGGAAGGGGAUAUGGAUAUUGUCGACAGCGAGGGCGUGCUACGACCGGAUGGCACGGACACCGGGAAUCGCCACUCUGUCGUCGGGGACUCUGCCGUUCGAAACAGGUUCGGCAACGUGCGCCCGUUGUUUCCGUCUGUACGGCUAUCGACGCCUACUGGGCCCCGCGCCGCGGUGAGAAGGAGUGAAACUUUCGAUCAUGGUGAUGAUGGCAGUUCCGACGAUGCGUCCAGCUCGUCCGUGGCCACGGACCGCUGGCCUCCCGCUGAGCACAUCCUUGAAGAAGAUGUGGUCCGAGCUCUUGGGGCGCCUGUUCCCCUCGAAGAAGUCACCGACCCGGUCGACAGAGCUCGCAUCGACACGGCCGUGUACAACCGGAUGUACGAUGAUGACCAGCGACAAGUGAACGAUGUCCGCCGGCACGGCAUCGAUGAGCGGUGGCGACGACGAGCGUUCUAUACCGACGAAGAAGACGGGGCAGCGGCUCCAGAGGGCUACGAAACCGACCCGGAUGCCGAACGAUUGUCUGACGAGGAGGCGCUCGAUGAUCAUUUUGAAUCUCACCCACCGUCCCCGCGAUCUCGAUCAUCAUCCAAAGUCCGCUUCCAGGACGAUCUUACAGACGACUACGAUGUGAGAUCCAAUCCGUCCACGUCCUCACGGAGCAUAUUGGUUGGUGAGAGGUGGGGAGGGUUCGAAGUUCCCGAGGUCGAAAAGGAUGUAGGAAAGGAGAUCCUCUACCAAGUCACCCAGCAAGGCUUCAACGAGUUACUGGAUAUUCUCUUCAAACCCAAGGAAGACCUGCUCAUGGAAGCAUACAACACCCGCGUGGAGCGCAAGUUCUGGGCCCGAGAGAUCGAGCUCGCCGCGCAGCGUCCUGAAAAUCAAUUUGACCAGAUGUUGAAGCGGGAAGAGAAGCAGAAGGUGGACGAGGAGAUCAAGGAAACCGAAGACGAUGAGAAGAAUCCAUUCAGCGACCGACCACUGGAGGAGCUCCUCGACCGUGCGGGAUAUUCGAUCCGCAGCCCCCCUCUCCAGCCUCUGCGAGACAGCCCCAUCUUCGCUCCCCGGUCCCCCGAGUUGCGACUACCGGAUGACGACGUACGACCGACAGACCUCGCCCAGCCUGACGAGGUGGAAGAAGGAGAGGACGACGACGACGACGACGACGACGAAGAGGAUGCAGAGAGCGAGGACGCCGAUCGACUUGUGGUCUCGAACCCGCUCGAGAUGCAAGCCAACGAAUUGGCGAUUCCCCCAGCUACCCUCCCACCAGGCUCUUUGACAAUGGAAGGUAGACAACCUGCCGUCGUGGACACGGAUUUCGAUCCUACGCUGCCGCACCACCGUCCGAACGAGGACACUCUGCAUGCCUAUGACUCGGGCUCCUACUCAUCCUCGGUGCACACCAUCUUUGACGACGCUCAGCAGCACAACCUUCCCCCCGAGCUGCGCUUCCCACCCCAGGGCCCGACCUCUUUCUUCGGAACCUCGUCAGCACCUGCUUCUCUGGCCGCGUUCUCGCCCGAAGCCGAGGCCACUGCGCCUAAACACUCUCCCUCGCCCAUCCAUCCCCUCCCACCCACUGCCAGUCCAUCACCUCCCCACCGAACCGGACCUACGCAACCCCCCUCCCAACUGACACUGUCCCGGUGGGCGUACCUGAACUAUAUCGAGCGCCAAGCGCACCUGCGCGGCGGCAGCGGUGCCAAACUGAACUUUGAUGAGUUCUCGCGGCGCAUGGGAGCCGAUCGAGGUCGUCGGUUAGCCUUUGUCGCCAGCUGGAUCGAAAUGGCCAGCUUUUAA